CCGAGCCAAUCGGAGUAGAGGCUGUGGGGCGGUGCGACACAUGUAGCCCCUUCUAGGUGGAACAGCUAGAAAAAACCAGAAGAAAACCGUCUGAAAACAUUGGAAACAUUAACCACUAAAUAAAAACGUCUUUGGACUUUACAACUACAUGCUUUAAAAAUAUGCCUUCAAUUAAAACGGACCGUGAAACUCAGGAAAAACACUCACCAGCCACCACUGGAUAUGAGUUACAGGCUGCGUCCGAAAACUGGAAAAUGCUGCCUUCGGAGGACAAAUUUCAAGUUCACAGGGAAAGAUCUCGUUUACGGAAGUUUUUUAUUGGGCUGUAUCUCCUGGCAAUCGUGGCUUUUCUGGUUUUAUGGUAUUUUACAGAUAAUGAUUGGAAGAAACACCCUCCACCCAGCUUUUUGUCUGUGCACUUUGGAGGACUCUAUACAAACUCCACUUCUCCUUCAGUACUCAGUUCAGAAGAGGCAAGCUUAUUUUACUCUGAGUUAGGAAUCAAUUUAAACUACUCCAGGUUACAGCAGGCUGUUUACUGGGCUGGGCCUGACAGAGAAAUCGCAAAUAUGUCCAUGACUACUAGUCCAGGCCACACCAAAUUCAUCAUUCAGGACCUGAAAGAGAGCUAUCAAAUUGGUGAGGAGCUUUAUGUUAUGGUGCACGCAAAGGAUUUUGGCAACAAAUCCAAGCGUUAUGGAGGGGACUUUUUUCAAGCCAAGCUAUUCUGGUAUAAAACUAAGGCCAGUGUUUUUGGGGAGGUGGUGGACCUGCUCAAUGGCUCCUACUCUGUACGUUUCCUCCUGCCGUGGGUCGGCGAGGCACAGGUGGCUGUGCGUCUAAUUCACUCCAGUGAAGCUGUGCAGGUCCUGAAGCAUCACAGAGAUACUGACUCUGACAGAGUCUUCUUUAUUGGAUAUUAUGAGGGACCAGGACCAAAUAAGACCAGGCUGAAUGAAACUGUGAAGUGUAAUGUAAAGUGGGACAAGAAUGGACUAGAGCACAUGGGAACAGGAGACUGCUGCUGUGAAUACAACGAUCCCGGCACCGGAGAAUCUUGGCGCUGUCAGAGACCCAAAUCGCUGCCAUGCAGUGCCCUUGUGUACCACUCUAUGGGUGGUUAUAGAAACCAUCUGACUAAAACGGAGAAGAUGUUUAUGUGA